CAGUGACCGGAAGUGACGCCAACACGGGGAUUCCAUGCCUAAGGGCUGGGAGCUCUUGGGGGGGGCCCGGCCGGGGCUGUCUGGGGCCGGGACCCCCCGCGCCAACUGCGGCGGCAACAGCAUUUGUUGUAUCCAGCCCGCGUCCGCUGCCGUUCCCGCCAGGAAGACUCCAGGUCUCGGGCCCGGUGUGAUCUUCUUGUUAAGGCUUGGGCUUGGGUUUGGGCGCGGGCUUGGCCGCCGCGCCCUUAACCUCGUCCCUCCCAGCCUGGAUCAUGGGACCCCCCGGAGGGCCGCCAGGCGGAGCUCCGGCCCAGGUUCCGCCCCACUCGGUGCAAGGAGACCCAGCCACCUUCAGGGCUGCCCUGCGGGGUCUGCUCAACUGUGCGCGCUUCAGCUCCUGAGUGCUGAGAACCCUGGGGGGGGUGCCCCAGAGGAGCCCGUAGUCCUGGCUGACGUACCUCCUGAGGCCUUCUUAACGGUGCUGGAGUUCCUCUACACCAACAGUAUCACCUUGGACAGGCGCACAGUCCUGGAAGUGCUGAUUUCAUCGUUGGAAUAUGGGCUGUCUGAGCUUCGAGAGCUGUGUGUAGAAUUUGUGGUGCAGAACUUGGACAUGGAGCUGGUCUGUGAGGCCCUACAGGUGGCAGUGACCUUUGGGUUGCGGCAGUUGCGGGAGAAGUGCCUGAAUUUCAUCGAGCGGCAUGCCCAGGACGUGCUGAGGACCCCAGCCUUCCACGAGCUCUCGCCGGCCGCCUUGUUAGCAGUGCUGCACAGUGACCACUUGGCAGUGGACGAGGUCGAGCUUGUGGCUGCCACCCGCCACUGGGCGAGGGUCAGCUCGGCGGUGCUGGAGCAGCCUAUGGGCCAGGUGGCACAGGCCGUAGUGGGAGAGCUGCGGCUGCCUCUACUGUCCCCCUCCGAGCUGAGCUCGCUGGAGGAGCAAAACCGGGUCGAGCCUUUCAUACCGGUGGAGCAAAUUGCCGAGGCCUGGAAGUACCACGCCUUGGGCCGAGGAGAAACGACCCGGGGCAUCCAGGGCCGCCGACGAAAGGGGACCGCACCCCGAGCGCACCACCACUUCCUGGAGCAGCUGCCCAAGUGACCGAGUUAGACUGGGUCGCCCCCCAGGUCUCUGGAGACUCCCCCGCCUUUCUCUGAACUACAGCUGCCGGUAUCCUCCGUGCUGUACCACCCCCCUCCCCGUUUUGAACACCUAGGCCCAGGAUUACGGCUUUCCAGCACCUUCUUCAGGGUCUUUGACCCGGACUGGCGCUGGGCCGUAAUAAAGACCUCAGCAUGCGGCUGCGGCUACUAUCGCAGCCAAGCCCUCUCCCCGAUCUCUCAGCGCCAGGUCCUUUAUUUACUGCCUGCACCCAUUCUCAGGAUUUUUAAUCUCUCCCCCUCCCCCCAGAUACAGAUGACUUGCCCAAGGUCACACAGCUAGUGGGUGGCAAAGACAGGAUUCGGAAUCCUGGUGUGUCGACCUCUAGCCCAGAGCUGUCCCCUUGUCUCGCUACAUUCUUUCUAGCUUGUCAAAGCCCAUGAACUCAAUCACCAUUUCUACUCACAUUACUCCCAGAUCUAUACACGCAUUCCUCACCUCUCUCCUCAGUCCCAGUCCCGAAUUAUCUUGUCGACACAUCUCCAUCUGGAUGUCCCCUAGACAUCUCAAGUUCAACAUGACCCAAACUGAACUCGUUAUCUCCCCUUCCCCAACCCCCUCCCUUACUGGCAAGGGGCAUCAUCUUCCUGUCACCUAGACUUAGGAGUUCCGUUGUAAUCUUUGACUCCUCUCUCCCUCCCUCACCAUAACCAACCCAUCAAGUCUGGCAGUGCCUAUAUUCACAUUUCCGGAACCUGCCCUCUCUUUUCUUAAGCAUGUUUUAUUAUCAGCUCAGUAUCGUCUAGAAACCAAAAAUAAAGUUAAGGCAGUGAUCAAACCAUAAAAUCCAGACGGUGUCACUGGACGGGGACCCGUCUAUUCUGAUGAGAAUAGAGUGGGAUGUACCAAAAUGCCCACAGCAAAGCCCCGCCUCCGGGGCCCAGGGCCUCCCCCCAGCUCCCUCCGGUCUGCGCUGUCAGAUUCCGGCUUUUUCGUCUACUGGGUUCUCCUCUUGGCCUAAUUGCAUGUUGAGUCUUCUUCCUCCUAUGACCUUUCAUGUAUCGGUCUUACGUGUUUGUCAUUUUGUCUGGCACAAUAAUAUUCCCUGACGCUCACAGGCCUCUCGAUUCAGACAUUCCGCAGCUGGGCACGUGGGUGGUUUCCAUUUUUCCAUUAUUACGAAUAAAGCUGCUAGGAAUA